ACUUUUUAGUAACUUUCAUGAAUCGACAGAGAAAAAAAAGCAUGCACUUCUGAGUGUUAAGUGGCAAACACAUAGUGGUCAAUUCCUUUUCAAAAGCGAGCGUUGAAACCAGUGCUAACAUGUAGCUUCGCUACUAGCAUGUGCAUCUAACUAAGCUAACGGUAACGUUAACGCGUCAGCUAAUCUUCGCUAGCUAACGUUAACGUUUUCUUCACAGUUUCUUAGUGAAUGUUUUAGACUAUUUAUGAACACAUAUUGUUUUACUCAAACGAGAAACUUGAAUUUAGAGGGUUGCCCUGAAGUUGCAGUUGUUGUAGCUAGGCUGGCUCUGUCUAAUUUUACCUGCAUGCCAACAGGUGUGAAAACGCCUCUGGUUUGAAGACAUAUUUCCCAUUGGACAGAGCUGCACUGACUCCACCCUGCACGCGUGUGGCUGUGUGUACGGUCCCUUCCCCUUAACAUGCGAUAUUAACAGAAUAUUGCCAUUAAUGAGAGUUUAAUGCUUUCCUUUGACAUUUUGGACGGUUUUAUAACUAUAUUGAGCUCCCAUGCCGCCAAAUAGACCAGGCAGCAACUAUAUGAUGUGUGGAAAAGAAGUGUCAUAGACACUCAGGUGAAUUGGGAGAGAGAGUGACACUAGCAUGGGAAUGCUACUAUAGCAAGGCUGUGCCAGAACUGAGGGCAAUCUUUCACCCCUCUGCUGCAUUUAGAACCGCUCCUCAUUUUUUCGUAGCAGCUUGACAGCAGAUAAGGUUUGACAAGAAGACAGACGUUGGAUAUGCCCUGCGUUCCUGCGUAGACUAGAGCCUGGCACAAUGUUCAGACAAGUGGAUGCAUCAUCCAAAAGACGCCCUUGCGGUGGAAGUGGGCUGCCCCAGCCUUCACCACCCUCCGCCUCUACCCAGCAGGGUCGUAUACGGGCCGUGGAGGUGGCGAGAGGUAGAACAGGGUAUGGCUUUACACUGUCGGGCCAAAGUCCAUGUGUCCUCAGCUGCAUCCUGAAAGGGAGCCCUGCAGACUAUGUAGGUUUGCGUUCAGGAGACCACAUCCUCUCCGUCAAUGACAUCAAUGUCUCCAAGGCAUCGCAUGAAGAUGUAGUCAAACUGAUUGGGCGCUGCUCUGGUGUCUUGAAACUGGUCAUCGUUGAGGGAGAACGUCCGAGGCGGCACCAUCACCACCAACGCACUACUGGAAGUCGUCACCAUAGCAGCAACACAAUGGCAGCGUCGUACCCCGACUCGUGCUCAAGUGAUGAUGAGUUGGAUGGUUUUUAUGACAACAGUGUUAACAACAACAAUAACAGCAGGUCAGGCUGCGCUGGAACCCGUGGGGGGUGGUACAAACCCAAACUGGAUUCUAAGCAGCUGGGCAUCAACAGGGCAGAGAAGGUUGUGGCAGAGCUGCAGUCUGGAGGAAUUUUUAACAUGAUCUUUGAGAACUCAAGCCAGUCCUCCAGCAGCUCAGACAAGGACAGACCUGGGGCCAGCUCAUCAUCAAAGCCACGUCCUCUGUCUGAUCCAGAGUUCCCUGCGUAUGGGAACUCCUCCCGUUCCCAGAGCAACCCCAACCUCCUCUCUGAGGAGGAGAUGGCCCAAGUUCUGAACGACGACUCGGUCUUCCUGGACGCGGACUUCCGUCAUCUCCACCUUCAACACCAUGAAGAGCAAGACUUGGAUGUAGGAGAUGGGGGUGACUUGGGCCUAGAGCCCAGCGAGGGCAUCCUCAAUGUGGGCAUGAUCGUUGGCUAUCUGGGCUCCAUUGAGCUGGCCUCCAUAGGGUCGAGCUUAGAGAGUGACAGCCUGCAAGCCAUCAGAUGCAGCAUGAGGCGCCUCCGGGCCGAGCAAAAGAUCCAUUCGCUUGUCCUUAUGAAGGUCAUGCACGACAGCGUGCGUCUGUGCAGUGACAGAGGUCCGGUCCUGGCCACCUAUCCCGCAGAAAAACUAGCCUUCAGCGCCUGCUGUCCCGAUGACCGUCGAUUCUUCGGACUGGUCACGAUGCAGGCCACCGACGACCACGAAGAUUGUCACUUCAGCAACGGACGAGAUGAAGAGGGCAGUUUGAGGACUUCCUGUCACGUGUUCAUCGUGGACCCAGACCUCUGUCAGCACCAGGUCCAUUUAGGUGUCGCGAGGAGGUUUGGCUUUGAGUGCACCCCCGACCCAGACACAGGAGGUUGCCUGGAAUUCCCGCCCAGUUCUCAGCCUCUCCUCCAGUUUGUCUCUGUCCUCUACCGGGACAUGGGGGACAACAUUGAGGGGGUCCGGGCCCGGGCCUUCCACGAUCCCGACAACGACGCCCAGCAAAACCACAGCACCAGCAGCAACAGCGACAGCGGGAUCGGCAACUUUUUACCAGAAGAAAAGAGCAACCGAGUGCUUUUAGUAGACCUCGGAGGUCCACCUAGCCACAACCACAUCUCGGGGCCACGCCACUGGGACAGCCCACCGUCAUCCCAGCAGGCCUGGAGCCCCACCCUGGGAGCCGCAGCCCCUCACCCACCUCCUCCCCCUCCUCUUCCACCAGCUCUGAGAAAUGGCCACUACCGUCACGAGCCACACCUGGCUGACCUCCCUCACCCUCUCCCCUUGGCUCACCCCGAUGUCCCCGGCAGGCACUCCAGAGGAGUCCACCCACACCACUAUUCACCAGGGAGGCGGGGAGGAGCUGUAGGGGGAGGAGAUAAGAGAGGGGGUGGAGGAGUAGGAGCAGGGGUGGAGCCGCAGCGGUGGCUGCCAGUCCAUGUGCUGAGAGACUGGCGUCAGCAGCACCAUCACAGCCACCUCCAGGGUCUGAGCAGCGAUCAGGAGUCCUACGCCGAAUCCACCGACGGAUGGUCAUCAGCUAACUGCAGCACCCUGCCACCACCCAUGAAUAAGAUCCCGGCCGACCGCUACCGGGCCCCACUGGCCCCCGGAGAUCACCUGCCACCACCUGGAGGGAGUCAACCUCCCCCUCCUUCACAUUCCCACUCUCACACCCACCGGCUGGCUGUUCAGAAAGACGAGUGGGCUAAGAAGCUAUUUGGUGCUGGAGACAGGGAGCGAGCCGGAGCAGAGAGAGGUGAAAGAGAGAAGAAACGAGGGAAUGCAAAGGAGGGAGAGAAAAAGGGUGGUCGGUUCCGCGGUCUGACCAUGGGCUUCCCUCCUCUCCCCCAGCGCUCCUCAGCCAGACGCUCCUUUGGACGCUCCAAACGUCUCAGCCUGGCCCGUUCUCUGGAUGACCUGGAGUCCGCCGCAGUCUCCGAUGGAGAACUUAACAGCGUGGAGCUGCAGGGCUGCAGCAGCGACAACAGUCUGAACAGUAAUGCCAGCCUGCCCAGCGUUCAGAGCCACCGGCGCCACACUGAGAGGAGAGUGGCCAGCUGGGCUGUCUGCUUCGAGAGACUGCUGCAGGACCCCGUGGGAGUCCGCUACUUCUCGGAGUUCCUGAAGAAAGAGUUCAGCGAGGAGAAUAUCCUCUUCUGGCAGGCUUGUGAGUUCUUCAGCCACGUCCCUGAGAAUGACAAGAAGCAGCUCUCUCAGCGUGCCAGGGAGAUCUACAACAGCUUCCUGUCCAGUAAAGCCACAACACCGGUCAACAUAGAUAGUCAAGCCCAGCUCGCUGACGACAUACUCAACGCCCCCCGACCUGACAUGUUCAAGGAGCAGCAACUGCAGAUCUUCAACCUGAUGAAGUUCGACAGCUACACGCGUUUCCUUAAGUCUCUGCUGUACCAGGAGUGCAUGCUGGCGGAGGUGGAGGGGAGGCCCCUACCUGACCCUUACCACAUCCCCAGCAGCCCCACCUCCAAACACAGCACCACAGGCUCCGACCGCUCCAAUCUCUCCACACCCAAGAAGGAGGACAAAAAGAGCAAGUCGGGCAGAUCUUUAAAUGAGGACAGUCGAGAUGAUUCAGGAGACCGGAAGAAAGGCAUGUUUUUCUCCUGGUCUCGCAACAGGAGCUUCGGCAAAGGCCCGAAGAAACGAGAGCUGGCUGACUUUAACUACAAUUUCUCUGGCAGCAAUGGUCGCCGAGAAUCCCAGGGUUCGCUGUCUUCAGGAGCCAGUCUGGAGCUGGGGACGUCAGGGUCAGGGAGGAACGAGGGUGAUGUUUCCCGUGGCGCAGUAUCAGUGUCAACAGAGCGCGGAGGGGGCAGCGCCCCCUUGAGGCAGUGUAACAUUAGCUUGCCCAAUGGCUCAUGUUGCUCUGUGCCACUGAGGGCCGGAGUGUCUAUCAGGGACCUGCUGCUUGGUCUCUGUGAGAAGCUCUGCAUCAACCUGGCAGCUAUAGACCUCUUCCUGGUCGGAGGGGAGAAGCCACUUGUUUUAGACCAAGACUGUAUGACAUUGUGCUCUCGGGAUCUCCGACUAGAAAAACGCACUCUCUUCAGACUCGACCUGGUCCCUAUUAACCGUUCGGUAGGCCUAAAAGCAAAGCCCACUAAGCCAGUGACUGAGGUCCUCAGGCCUGUGGUGGCCAAAUAUGGCCUGCACCUUGCUGACUUGGUGGCACGCAUUAGUGGGGAGUUGGAGCCAUUAGAUCUAGGUCUUCCUAUAUCCAACCUGGACGGGCUGCGAGUAGUAUUAGAUAUUGCAGAAAACACUCCUGGAAAAGCAGACAAACAGAAAGUAGCUCCCUCUAAGAACCUCGUCCCUGCGUCAACAAGCAGAAACCAAUCGACAACAGGGGAGGACAGGCCAUCAGGGAAAGCCGGUUCAGCCCACCCCCAUGGGGAAAACGGCAAGACUGGGCCCAGCCCUGACACAAGCAGCCAGCCCUUACCCAACCACUCUGUCUCUCACCAUAAGGCUCCGGAGAAAAGAAAACAGAAAAAGAUUAAUGUAGACGAAGCUGAAGAGUUCUUCGACCUCAUAUCCAAAGCUCAGAGCAACCGAGCAGACGACCAGCGAGGCCUGCUAAACAAAAGCGACCUGCAGCUCCCAGACUUUCUGCGCCUGUCACCAGUGGCAACCAACCAGGCUGCGCCUCCUCCCUACGGCCCUGAGCCCAGUUGCUCCACCCCUUAUUCCCGUAACCCCAACAACGGCAGCUUCCCUAGCAGCGGUCGCCGGGGCAAUAAGGCGAACAGCAACGACAGGGGAGGAGGAGGCGGCGGCGGCAGCGGCAACCACUUGCUCAACUCGAGCCAUCAGUCCCAGAGCUUGGACUCUGCACUGGGAACUGAGAGUGGAGGGGGGAGGAAAGCCCAACCACCUCCUCCGUUUCCUGGCACCAUCUCCCCCAUCCACCCGUCCCAGAGUGGCCAGCGUGGUCUCCUUCAGGACUCUGGCAGGGGAGAAUCGGUCCAGAUGCUGGAGGAGGACACGCUGUCUGAUUUAACUCUCGUGGGAGAGGGGGACAUUAACAGCCCCAGCCUCAACUACGUCACUCCCUCUGCCCUACAGUGCAAACCCCACCCCCGACCCCAACAACAAGCACAGGAUGGUCGGCCUAGCUCAGGUACUUCCCCUGUGUGAACUCUAAAUACUUUUUGAACUUUCACCUCUUCCUUCACCUAACUGUGAGCGGGACUGGAGACCCGAUAAAGUCAGUUUGAAGUUCCUCAUUGGUCACACUCGGCCCAGAAUGCAUCCAGAUCUCCUCCCUUUAUUUCAUAAAUCCCUUUCCAAAACUA